UUCAGUAUGAACUUAUUGUUCUUCAGAUAGAUGUACUAUCACUUUAAAUGAUGACGUCAGUAGUCACGUGAUCCCAUAACCCGGAAGAUAAACAUUGGUUCUGCAGCAGCAGCAGCAUCAUCAGCUGUUCCUCCAGUCCAGCACGUUGCCUGGCAGAGAUGAGCUCGUGCGUCGCGCUGGAUGAGGAGGACUUCCGUCGCUGCUGUCAGAUCCUCCUGCAGCAGUCAGAGCAGCUGAGAGACGGCUGGAGCUGGGAAGCAGUCCAGGGUUCAGAGGAGGGCUACCUGAAGAAGACUGCUCUCAGGUCCGUCGUCAUUGACUCCAGCCCAGUGUGGUACCAGGAAGGAUCCGGUUCAGACUCAGAGCCAGACAAGGAACAGUCUGUCCUGGUUGCCUCAGUUGAUACUGACAGCAUCCAAGGUGACAUAGAUGAUGAAGCUGAUGAAGAUGAUGGGGUCUGUACGGUGUCUGAAGGCAGCAGCCAGGUGCUUCAGUACGAGUAUCACAUCCUGCACUCCUGCAGCUACAGUACUCCCGUACUCUAUUUCAGAGCCGUCACUCAGGAGGGGAGGAGCCUGUCGUUAGAGGAAGUAUGGAGCUCUGUUCAUCCCAACUUCAGGCAUCGACUUCAGAACAGCCCUCUGAAUACAAUCACCCUGCAGGAGCAUCCCCUGCUGGGUCAGCCUUUCUUCAUGCUCCACCCCUGUAGAACAGAGGAGUUCAUGAGGCCUGUGAUGCAGGCGGCUCAGGACCAACACAGGACAGUGAACUACGUGUUGUCGUGGCUCAGUGUUGUGGGUCCUGUGGUGGGUCUGGACGUCCCUCUGAAGUAUUCCACCCAGCUCAAUCCUGCAGCCUCUCUCAGCAGCACCAAGCCGGACUGAGGUUGCACCUGCUCUGCUCUGCUCUCUGUCGGUAUCACUGCGGAGUCUCUCUGCAUGGAGGCCGGAUUAUCAACUGGGACCCGGAGCCCCAGAGGCACUGAAGGCACAAGGUGGACUUUGUUUUGGGGCGAUAUACUGAAAUGCAACAAAAAGCUGAAAUAGUAAUAAGGGCCUUUUGUUAUCUUCUGCAUUUUUACCUGAUCUUGAGUCUGCAUUUUGCAGAAGGCCCCUGUGUCAAAAUCAAGUUUUAAUACUUUCGGUAAUUUCUUUAGAUAUCGAGAGCAGCGGUGGUCGAGCAAGUUCUGGAGUGAAUGAAGAGAGGGAGCGGCGUUAGUGAGAACAAAGCAGUGAAUCGGAGAAAUAAAACAUUAUUUUCUGAUUGUUUCAGGGCGGUUACUUUCUAAAGCACAAAUAAA